CCAAGCAAAAACACCAACCAGCACACACAGAUCAGCAAGAGCUACAUCACACUUUGCUAAGUUCUUCGAGUUCAUUUCCUUGAAAAUCAUACUGUGUGUUUGGUGAGUGUUAAGUGAGUUACUCUUGCAAAUAAGAAGAAGAAGAAGAAAAAGAAGAAACAUAUAUGGGGGCUAAGAAGUCAUCGUCCUUCUCCUUUUGUGGUAUUUUCAAGGCUUGUUUCUCAAACAGCAAGGAUGAUUACUACUAUAGCUACGAUGAUAAUAGCAGAAGGCACUUUGCAAGUGAUGAGGAUAGAGGGCGUUGGGUUGCUGAGCCUGGUAUUGACAGGAAAGCAUCUGCUUUCAUUGCUAGAUUCUAUGCCUCACGAGUCAGUGACUCUGAGCACCAAAUUGCGUCCUGAAACUCAAAUAACAAACCCUUUCUUCGUUGCUCUUCAUUCAUCAAACUAGUGCUUCCUUUAAUAACUCACACCAGUUACACUUGGUUCCUACCUCUCUCUAUCCCUGCAAAUGUAAUUCUCACGCACUUUCAUUUCCUUUGUGCUGGUUCUCACUCGAGGUGUGGAUCCAAACUUACUAUAGAUAGCUGCUAAAAUAAUGCGUGUGCUCAGUAAUAAUGUAAAAACUCAUUAUACUUUUGUUUUCUCUUCUCUCCAUUCGUUGUUAU